AAAAUCUAUCGUGAUAAGGGAGUAGUUGUGCUUUAUAAGAGAUAUGUUUUAAAUGUUCACUGUUUCCGUCCAGAUACUACUGACGGUUUGAAGUACAUGAGUAAACAUUGCAGUUCUUUGUAAAAAUCAGAGACAAAAACUAAAUUAAAGAAUCAGCCUUAGCAGAAGGUCGUUUGUAGCAUAAGAGAGAAUAGAAAGACAUAGAAAAAUACAAAAAACUACUUACUAACUUAAUAAACAAUUCUUUAAGGAAAAUAUUUAAGUUUUAUUUUAACUUUAACAUGGAUUGGAGAUUUUACAGUUUUGCAGUACUUUUGUAUUUUCUAAGUUCGCACGUACAGGUGGCGGAUGGAGUUACCCAGAAAAUACAACUGGAUCCGUUACCAGUAGCACCCGAGUAUAAAGCAUCUAGUGUCGAGUACAGCGAUGGCGGGAUGGGACCUAUGUUCGAUUUUGCUCGUAGCUUCAUAAAUACUGCACUUCCUGGCGGCUUCCCGGCGGACUUUAUAAAUGAGACGAUAACUAACAUGGGAUCUCAAGAUAUGCUACAGCUUGCUCAGAAGCUUCUGAAUGAGUUUAAAGGUUACGUCGCUGCAAUUGUUGUCGGACUGUUAUUUAUAAUAACAGUGCCACUUGUUGGCGCGUGCUUCUGCUGUUUGUCGUCUGUUGCGGAUUUUGUGUCGGCGGAAAAAGAGUUUCAGGAAGCAACCGAUGGGAUUCACUGUAAACGUCGAGUGUUUGCGUGUUUGCUCUUUUGUCACAACAGUCUUUAUAUUGUUAAAGAUGAAAUUGGGAAUAAUAUAGGAGCCAAACUUCCUGAUUUAACAGGUAAAUUGACCAAACAGUACAUCUAA